GAAUAUUUCACAUUUUUGUUCCAUCAAAAUUAUUUAUAACUUUAUUCAAAAAAAUAUUUACAUUUGUAAGCAAAAUUCCUCACAAAUGUGCCCGCUACAAAUGUGAGGAAAAAGUGGUUCCUGUGGUUCACCGCCAGAUGGCGCACCGGGCAGCGACUGACGCCGGCGUAACGUGAUUUCGCGCCGAUCAGCUGACACAACACAAGCAACACAACAAUUCACGUGUGAGACUUGAAUAAUUGAAUUUACGUUGAUUUACAUUCCCUCGUGCUCCUGCCCAAACUCGGACGUUAUUUUCACCUGUUCAGUAAAGUAAAGUGCAAGUGUGUUCUAGUGGAUCGCGGCCACUUCAAUCUAACAGAUUUGCAAUGGAUCGCCAAGUUGAUGGCAUUGUAUCUAAUAUUUUGUCAAGUCCUCAGCUUCGUAAUAUAUUGGAAGACGCAGUAAGAGGUGCGACAAGUGAACAUAAUGCCUCAACUACCUCCAUACAAUCAGUUUCUAAUGUACCUGCUACAUCAGUUAGACCCAACCCAAUAAUGGAUUUAAUAAGUGCAAGUUUUACACCAUCUUUAUCAAAUUCCGUGACAUCCAUUAUAAAAGAUGGCCACGUUGGUAGACCAAGAUAUGACAUUACAAAAGAGCAAGUACUUCACUUCAGAUCACUAGGUUUUAAGUGGUCGAAAAUAAGUGAAAUUUUGAAUAUUUCAAGGAGGACUUUAUAUCGGGUCAAAGACACCCAUAGCAUCACAGAAGAGACGUUUAAUAGACGAAAUAAAAUCUAUAAUACAGGACAUUAUGAUGGGAACUCCAAAUGCUGGAGAAACAUAUAUUUUAGGAAGUAUUUGUGCGCGGAACAUGAAAGUACCUAGAGCUACCAUACGAGAGAUUUUGAAAGAAGUAGAUCCAUUAGGAAGAUCAGAGCGUAAGAGAAAAACGAUUAAACGUAGAGUCUACAAUGUAAAGGGUGCAAAUCACUUAUGGCACAUAGACUCCAAUCACAAAUUGAUAAAUUUCCGAUUCGUAUAUCACGGUUGUAUAGACGGUUACAGUAGAAGCAUCAUAUACCUAGAAUGUAUGCACAAUAAUAAAGCUGACACUGUACUUUCAUUAUUUGAAAAGGGUGUACAGAACUUUGGUCUGCCAAGCCGUGUUCGAGGAGACCAUGGUACUGAAAACGUAGCAGUAGCCAGAUACAUGUUGACUCAGAAAGGCAUUAACCGUGGGAGUUUCAUAACUGGCCGUUCUGUGCAUAAUCAGCGUAUCGAAAGAUUGUGGUCAGAAGUGAAUAGAGUUGUGUCCAAACACUACAAAGAACUAUUUUUAAUGAUGGAAGAAGAAAAUUUGAUUGAUGAAACUAGUGAGAUAGAUCUGUAUUCUUUGACGUAUGUAUAUUUGCCAAGAAUACGCCAGUCAUUAAAGGAGUUUGUGUCGCAAUGGAAUAACCACGGUCUGAGGACAAUGAACUGUAGAUCCCCGCUACAACUGUGGAACACAUCCAUAAUUGAAGGAAGUGGACAUGAUGAAGACAGUUUAUAUUGGAAAGAGCCUGACUACUAUGGUGUGGAAGAUUCCACAUCUUUUCCGGAAAUUGUAACUUCUAACAACGUUAUCGUUCCAGAAUCCAACAUAAAUUUAACUGUACAACAAUUUCAAAGAUUGGUUGAAGCAGUUCCAGAUCCAUUACGAAAUGAUAAUACCCAUGGAAUUAGUCACUAUUUAUGUAUAAAAAAUUUACUGAAUACGUUAGUGAAUUGAAAUAAUUUUAAGAAAAACUAUACAUUCAUAAAAUUACCUAGUUAGUAUUUUUUAAUAAACGUAAGUGUUUUCUAAACAUAAGGUUACUAAUUUAGCGCAGUAAUA